UAGCAGCUUUCUGCUACUUUCUUGAUCCGGCCGAAACCCCAAAGCCCACCACCCUGUUCCCGUCCGUCGCCGGCGAGCGCCACCUGUCUACCACCAUGCCAACCACGGCCGCCGCACGGUCCUUCUUCUCAUCGCUAGCACCGCCUUAUCUCCUCCACGAUGGAUCGCGGACCACGGUCGCCUCCUUCCCGCUUGGAUCUCCUCCUACCGUCGCCCUCUCCCUCUCGGUCUCCGCCUCCGCCCCCACCUCGCCGUGGGCGCCGGCGGCCAACCCCAAGUACCACAACGCGAAGGUGGACGCGGGAGACGAAGACGUGGACGGGGGCGAUCUGCUGCGGCAGUUCACGCGGGAGGUGGGGCGAGCCGGCGUCAUGCACGAGGUCAGGCGGCGGCGGUGGCACGAGGACGCGCGGGACAAGCGCAAGCGAAAGUCCCGCGACGCCGCAUGGAGGCUCAGCCGCAGGCGUUUCAAGGGUCCAUAUCCAUUUGACGAUGAGCAGGAGUCGAAGGAGGGAACCACCGACGAUGAUGGGCGUGACAACUGGGAGCUUCCUGGGGGAGAGUUUCCUUCUUUCAGAUGAACCAAGAAGCUACGUUUAUCGAUGUUUUGUCUGACGAAGAAUUCCAUCAUGGCACUUCAGUUAUAUAUUUCUGUGGUUGGAGGAGGAACUUAACUUAUUUUGUGGGGAUCCCUAAUUCGUUUAGGAGGAUGGAGGACUUGGCUAGGUAAGGUGAACAUGCACCUUCAGGAUCGGAAGCUCUGUUAUGAAUGUCAUGUACCUACUACUCCCUUUGUCCCAUAAUAUAAGAGCGGAGGGGAGGGAGUAUAUCUGAAAGCACCGAGUGUGAAUGUGUGAUCUCUCUGGUGUGUAAUUCUGAUAGAAUUGCCAGUUUCCUGCAAUGGCUCAACGCCAUGUGUAUAUUGGAAUAGAAUUGAUGGAUUGCUGUUGCAAAGACUUCAUGUAGUAAUCUCUUCAUCCAUUUCUAUUUUGAGAGCUGCAUUCUGAACUUUA